UGAGCUGAUGACCCAGGGAAUCCUGGCUCUGGUGACCUCCACGGGCUGUGCGUCUGCGAGUGCGCUCCAGUCUCUGACGGACGCCAUGCACAUCCCGCACCUGUACGUGCAGCGGGAGGCGGACGGCUCGCCGCGCACCGCCUGCCAGUUCAACCCCUCCUCCGACGGGCAGCGCUACACCCUCGCCGCCCGCCCGCCCGUGCGCCUCAACGACGUCAUGCUCACGCUCGUCACCGAGCUCCGCUGGCAGAAGUUCAUCAUCUUCUAUGACAGCGACUAUGACAUCCGCGGCCUGCAGGGCUUCCUGGACCAGACGUCUCGGCUGGGUCUGGACGUGUCCCUGCAGCGGGUGGACCGGAACAUCAGCGGCGUGUUCUCCAGCCUGUUCACCAGCAUGCGGACCGAGGAGCUGAACCGGUACCGGGACACUCUGAGGCGGGCCAUCCUGCUGCUCAGCCCCCAGGGAGCGCAGGUCUUCAUCCACCAGGCGGUGGAGACCAAUCUGGCAUCGAAGGACAGUCACUGGGUGUUUGUGAAUGAGGAGAUCAGCGAUGCGGAGAUUAUGGAGCUUACCCACAGUUCCCUGGGGCGCAUGACCGUGAUUCGCCAGGUGUUCCCCCAGUGGAGAGACAGUAAUGCCAACUGCAUGUGGAACAACCAUCGCAUCUCCUCCCGCCUCUGUGAACCCCAGGAGGGCUACGUCCAGUCACUGGAGUCCUCCAACAUGUACCUGUAUGACAGCGUGCUGAUGCUGGCCAACGCCUUCUACCGCAAGCUGGAGGACCGUAAGUGGCACAGCAUGGCCAGCCUCAACUGCAUCAAGAAGUCCACCAAGCCCUGGAACGGCGGCUGGUCCAUGCUGGAGACCAUUCAGAAGGGUCAAAUAGUAGGUCUGACAGGGACGAUGGACUUCAAGGAGAACGGCUCUAACUCGCACGUGCAGUUUGAGAUUCUGGGCACCAGCUUCAGUGAGACUUUUGGAAAAGAUGUGAAAAGGCUGGCCACGUGGGACUCUGUAAACGGACUCAACGGCAGCCUUAAAGAGAGUCGUAUAGAGAAUGGCAUGCAGGGAGUGACGGUCAAAGUCGUGACUGUUCUGGAGGAUCCUUUUGUGAUGGUUGCAGAGAAUAUUUUGGGGCAGCCCAAGAGAUACAAGGGCUUCUCCAUCGAUGUCCUCGAUGCCUUGGCAAAGAUCCUAGGCUUCAAGUAUGAGAUCUACCAGGUGUCCGACGGCAAGUACGGUUCCCAGCUGCCCAACGGAACCUGGAACGGCAUGAUUGGCGAACUCAUCAACAAGAGAGCGGACCUGGCCGUUUCGGCGAUCACCAUUACGCCGGAGCGGGAGAACGUGGUGGACUUCAGCAAGCGCUACAUGGACUACUCCGUGGGCAUCCUCCUGCGCAAGCCGGAGGAGAAGAUCAACAUCUUCUCACUCUUCGCGCCCUUUGACCUGGCGGUGUGGGCCUGCAUCGCGGCCGCCAUCCCCGUCGUGGGGGUGCUCAUCUUCCUGCUGGCCCGAAUCCAGUCCCUCCGGAAUCAGAACCCGCCCCAGCCCCCCCACCACCAGCAGGCCUCCAGCAUCUCCAGCUCCCUGCACAGCGCCAUCUGGGUGGUGUACGGGGCAUUCGUACAACAAGGUGGUGACUCUGUCGUGGGCUCGGUGGCGUUGCGUAUCGUGAUGGGCAGCUGGUGGCUCUUCACCCUCAUCGUCUGCUCCUCCUACACGGCCAACCUGGCAGCCUACCUCACCGUGUCCCGUAUGGACAACAGCAUCCGCAAUUUCCAGGACUUGGCAAGGCAGGUGGACCUGGCGUACGGUACGGUGCGGGACUCGGCCGUGUACGACUACUUCAAAGCCAAAGGCACCAACCCGCUGGAACAGGACAGCACCUACGCCGAGCUGUGGAGGACCAUCAGCAAAAACGACGGUCAUGACUUCUCCGUAUCUAGCCCCUCUGAGGGCAUCCGCAAGGCCAAGAAGGGUCCGUUUGCAUUCCUGUGGGACAAGGCCGUGGUGGAGUACGCUGCUCUGACGGACGACGACUGCACCAUCACCGUCACGGGCAACAGCCUGAGCAGCAAGGGCUACGGCAUCGCCCUCCAGCACGGGAGUCCCUACCGAGACCUCUUCUCCCAAAAGAUCCUGGAGCUGCAGGAGAAGGGCGACCUGGAUGUGCUGAAGCAGAAGUGGUGGCCUCGGACGGGCCGCUGCGACCUGACCAGCCACGCGGGGGCCACGUCGGACGGCCGCUCGCUCAAGCUGCACAGCUUCGCCGGCGUCUUCUGCAUCCUGGCCGCGGGCUUGCUGCUGGCCUGCCUGGUGGCCGGCCUGGAGCUGUGGUGGAGCAGCAGCAACCGCUGCCGGCACGAGCAGCCCAAAGAGGACAAGGAGGUGAACCUGGAGCAGGUGCACCGGCGUAUGAACAGUCUUAUGGACGAGGACAUGGCCCACAAGCAGCUCAGCGGCCAGUCUAUCGAGAUCUCUGCUCUGGGCAUCAGCAGCACCUCCACCACCGGAAGAGUAGGGAGCAACAGCAGCAGCAGCAGCAUCACGCGGGCGGUCAGCCAGCGGGACUACCCGGGCCCGGGUCCCCACUCUGUGACCACCUUCCUGGGCCCCGAUCAGGGCCAUGGGGUGCUGGGCCGGACUCUGGGCCCGGGUCCUGGCAGCUCCCUGCCCCUGCCCCUCAGCAGCAACACCUCCACCCUCCCGUCCUCCAUCCAAUGCAAACACCGGGCGCCCAACGGGGGCUUGUUCCGUCAGAGUCCCGGCAAGACCCCCAUGCCCACGCCAAUGUCCUACCAGGCGGUGGCCGGUGGACCCAUCCCAGAGGCCCUUGAGUCCACCCACAGCACGUCCAUCUGAGGACUGGGAGUCGAAGACCUCGCAAACCCCCGGUGUGCCCCCUUCACCACACGCCACCACUGUCAUUACCUGGUUUCUCCACCAGGGGGUUUAGCCCAUGUGUGUGUAUGAAUGGAUUGUGUUGGUGUGCGAAGAUAAGAAAGUGUUUGAAAAGAAAAGAACACAGACAAAAGGAGUAAAUAUAAAAAUUAAAAAAAACAAUGAGGGAAAGAUACAGUAAAACAUAAGUUUUUAUUACAAAUUACAUUAAAAACGGUAGAAAGAAGAGAGGUGAUUUUUCUUGUAUAUAUUUGUAAAUAUAGAACAGAGCUGCGUGAGUAAAGCGUAUUUUGAAUAUUCUCAAUUUUUGAAGUUCAGUUAAAAAAAAAAUUAAAAAGA